AUGAAGAUCCUCUUUCUUUGCACAACGCACAACUCUCUCUCUCAGCAACUCUUCCUGGCCUUGCGUCAGACGCACUCGGUCACCAUUGAGUAUGCCGUCUCCGAUUCGGCCAUGAUCGAGGCCGCGGCGCUCGCCCAGCCCGACCUCAUCAUCUGUCCCUUCUUGACCGCUCGCGUCCCCGAUGAGGUUCACACCAACUACCUUACCCUCAUUGUACAUCCCGGGCCCCCAGGGGAUUCCGGCCCAAGUGCAAUAGACUGGGUCCUUAUGGGCGACGACGGUUCGGUCUCGGACUCCGGCCAACUCCUCGAACGACGGAUCUGGAGCCCGACAGGCCGCUCCCACUGGGGCGUGACGGUCCUGCAAGCCACCGCAGAGUUCGACGCCGGCCCAAUCUGGGCAUUCGAGCAGUUUGAAUUGGAUAUCGAUGCACCUGGAGUCACCAAGUCGACUCUGUAUCGUGGCCCCGUCACUCGCGCUGCCAUCAAGGCCACCUUGGCUGCCCUGGACCGCAUCAUAAUGGCAGCAAGGUGGCCCACGCCAUAUGAUACAUACACGCCGCCACCCCCGGCUGGACUUGAGAGGAACCAACUCCUGUGGGAGUGGCAUCUCCCCCAACCUCCUAGCAGAACCAUCAUAUAG